AUGGUCCGCCUCCUCACACUCGCCCUCGUUCUUGUCUCGGGCUUCACCUCUACCAAUGCCCUAGGCAUCAACUGCCGAGGCGGCUCUGGCUGCAAAUAUGUCCAGAAGGGUAUCCACGCCGCCAACGUCCUCACAAACUACCUGAACGGCGUCGAGGACCACACCUGGUUUAACAACCGCCAAUAUAUCGCGUGCGCUACAGCCCCGGUCAACGACGAGUCAGUCCCACCUUUUGCACUCUGUGCCUACUUCCAGAACUCGGGCGGCGGCGAUGGAGCGCGAGUUAAGAAACUUGCGGGUUCUAUUCCAGGCCAUGGGUGCAACACGUGCGGCAAUGUGCCUUAUUGGUAUCCGGAGGGAAACAAUAAUGUCAAUGAUGGCCAGUUGACUUACGAUGCGGUUUCGGAUCCCGGGUCGAGUUGCCCCGGUUACCCUGGACUGUGCUAA